AUGAUAAACCGCCCGGAAGGCCCGUUCAUCCUGGACUCCAAGAUUCCGCUUAGCGUCGCCCGCUUCGCAUGCGCAUUCGGCGUGGCUGCCGUUCCUGAAGAAUCGCCAGUCUUUGCACAAAGCUGGCGGAACAGCGACAUGCAGAUUCCGGCGCAGCACCACCAGCAACCAUGCGGCUGGGUUUCGCUUUUGCCCGGAGCAGCCCUGACGCGCGUCUUCGCCGCCGAUGCCCAGCGCCAGCCAGCCGUUCCUACCUGCCGCUCAAUGCCGGUUUCCGCGGAACCUCGCUCCCCGAGUGAUGAUCAUCAUCUUCGAGGCAUAAUAUGCCCAGCUAAAAUCAAUGCGCUGGUCCGCAAUCAUAAUAGCAAUGAGACAAACGUCGGGGUCCUGGCGAUAGACUUUGUUCCACUUGAUGCGCAGGCUUCUGUUCUAUUGCGUCAUCCGGAAGUGCUGAAACAGUGGCUUAAGCAGAAAUCCGAACAUUCGCGAUCACCAGUCGAAACGGGUCUGGAAUUCAGCUUCAGCAACGGUCAUGGAUCCAUGGUUUAUGGGAGAAUCCCGGCGAUUGCCGUCCACGAAUUCUGCAGCCUGAACCGCACCCGAUGGGAUUCCGCCGGCACCAGCGCCUACGCCAGCCCCGCUGGUCGUCUGCCGCGCGAACCAGCGCCUCGGCCCGGACGAAAGCCGAAUUCGCCAGCGUUGCGAGAGCCUGAAUUUGCCGGUCAACUCCGGAAAGCAAUGCCCCAACCAUCCCGCACGCUGAAGAAAAACAGGCCAGAACAGGCUGCCGCAUUUGGUCCCACGUCCGAGAUAGGUGGGGAAGCGAUCUCCACGACGGAGUUAUCAAGCGCAUUUACUUCAACGGUGGGCGCUCGAUGCGAACCCGGCGUUCGAUGUUAUCUACGCCCAGAUACCAGUUGCGCGACCACAGAUGCCAAUUCCGCAAGGUCGAACUUUUUCCCGGUUGUGGUCACCACGGCGCGACCGGUGCGCCACCAGUGUUUCAGCCGAUUCGUUAUCCUCCUCGUGCAGCAGAUGGCAUUCGGUAGCUUCUUUCUUUGCCGUGCCGUCCGAUUCGAUCACGAAGGCGCGAAGUACUUGAUGACACCUUCGCCAACCGCACCCAAUAGACAGAUUAUUCGGGCCAUGUUUCCACCACCACCGUCACCGAAGCCGAAGGCCUGCUUACGGUGGAAUGGAGACGGGGGUCGGCAUAUGGCACGGUGGUUCGUAUUGGUUAAGGCUGGAUUCAUCAAUACUGAUAAGAGGCAGUUCGUACCAUCUCACUGA